AUUCAAAAAUAGUUUCAUCUUAGACGUGAUACGAGAAGCACUGAGGUCUCUUAAGUUGAAACGUAAAACGACAAAAAUUUACUUAAAAGAAAAACCAAAGAAGUUUCUUUUUCAAAAUUCAAAUAUUUUAAUAGAAAAAAUAAAAGAAAUAUUUUAGCCUUUUUUUUUGUGAGACAAGAAAAAGUUUAAGAAAGGAAAAAUGUUUUUAAAAAGUUUAAUGUUCAGCAGCUUUCUGUUACUUGUUGCAUCACAGCAAAUACCUCCCUACAUAAAACAGUGCCGUUCAUCCGACCCUAAACUCACUGAAUGCGUGAAAGAUGCUUUGCACCAUUUAAAGCCGUGGUUGAAGACAGGCAUACCGGAAAUUCAGAUGCCAUCAACCGAGCCAUUCGUCAUGGAUUCUCUUUCACUCGCGCUUACAGGUGGCCCUAAUGGAUAUAGAAUUAAUUUAAAAGACAUGGAGACAUUCGGAGCUUCCAAUUUUACAGUCAAAUCUAUCAAACUCAGUGAAGGAACGCAACCUUUUGAAGCUGUAAUCACAAUCCCGAAACUUGUAAUCAAAGCAAAGUAUACCAGCAGCGGUGUUUUAAUUAUUAUUCCAGCAUCCGGUGGAGGCGAUUUUAAUGCUGUUUUUGAGGGUGUCACGGCAAAUGUGAAGGGUAAAAUGUCGACGCGUGAGAAGCCCAAUGGAACAUUCCUUCACGUAGAUGCCCUUUUAUUGGAUUUAAACAUAAAAAAACCGAGAUUGUCUGUCGCAAAAAUAUUCAACAACAACAGAAUUUUAACUGAAGCCACAAAUCUAUUCCUGAAAGAGAAUGGACAUGAAAUACUCAAAGCCAUGCAGCCACAAUUGCAGAAAAAACUGAGUGCUGAAUUUACGGGAAUUUCUAACACACUGCUCGACCAUGUUCCCCGAAACAAUUUCUUGUUAGAUUAAUUUUCUUUUUCCUGUUAUAAGUUUCAUUCAAUGAAAGCUUUUGUACAAUUUUUUUUUUUCAAAUAAGAGGUUUGCGGCGUAGAUUACUCUGUUAAGCUUACGUGAUAAAUUUUAUACUUUUUAUAGUUUAUGACAUUCAACUCAGUGAUUUUCAAACUCUUUUAAAUCAAAACUCUGAAACAUGUUGAGGUCUUAAUUGUUAAGUUUUAAAGCCGCAAAUGUUGAAGUUUGAGAACCAUUGGUUUAGAGCUUUUAUUUCAUUUUAUUUUAUUUUUUCGCUAUCUUUAACGAAUUCAAGUUUUCAUAAUUUUUUCAUCAUGUAGCUAGUAAGAUGAUUUGAUUUGUAAAAAUACUUCUUCCAUUUGACGCGCUUCAAUUGCUACGUAAAUAAAAUUAUCCUCUUAAAGUACAACAAAGGAUUU